AUGCCACAAAUCAGACCGCUACCAACGGAAUUACAAAAAAUUGCAAUCGAUGAAUUGGGUGAAGUUCCGAACAGAAUAGCUGAUGAUUUAAGCGAUCUCAAGGAAUGGAUACAACAACAUCCGCACUUGAAAGCCUGCAUAGAAGAUCAAUUCCUUGUACAAUUUCUUCGUGGCAGUAAAUAUAGUCUGGAAAAGGCCAAAGAAAAACUAAAUAAUUUCUAUACACUUUCUACAAAAUAUCCAUAUUUGAGAAGUACCGACGAUGUGGAUGAUCCUAUAUUUCGUAAGCUGCAUAGAACGGGAUGUUUGUGUCUUUUACCAAUACCUCUCAAUGGAAACGGUCCGCGAAUAAUUCUUGAGCAAAUAAAUUUUGGACCCCAAGACUUUACUACCAUUGAAAUUUGUAAAUAUAUUUGGACCAUGGCUGAAAUAACAUUACUCAACGAUCCCUAUGCCUGCAUACAAGGUUUGGUGUUUGUUAUGGAUUGCUCCAAAUCAACGCUGCAACAUCUGCCACUGGUUACACCAAAAAUUCUAAUUGACUUCGUGAUGUUUUGUGAAAAGGCAUUGCCGUUGCGUAUUAAAAAGGUAUUUGUCCUCAAUUGUCCACCUUUUAUACAGACAUUAUUAAAUAUUGGAUUAUCAUGUACUUCGGAGAAGUUAAGAAGUCGGAUACACAUUUGUGAAGGAUAUAAUGUGGAAAAGUUCGAGAAGUUUUUCCCCAAAAAAUAUUUACCGCAAAAUUUUGGCGGUGAAAAUUCCUCAAUUGAACAUAUUUGCCAGGAAUUUGAGAAAGUUAUUGAUGAAUAUCGAGAGUAUUUUCAGCGUAAUGCAGAUUGUGGUGUUGAUGAAAGUCUACGUCUGGAUGAAGACAACAUUCAGAAUAGUGAAUUUGGCGUUGGCGGAUCAUUUAGGAAAAUAAAUGUAGAUUAG